ACUACGGGCGGAUGUUCGACGCUUCCCCAACAUCAAAAGUGACUGCCCAAAAGGGCUUGCGCAGUUUGGACGACGGCCGCCCAGUUGACAGCCGGCCGCCGCAUUGGUUUUCGCAUCGGCUGCGUGCGGUGGUGAUUGCCGCCGCACUGUCUUUGUGCCGCCAGCUACAGACAUCCGUCCAGUGGUUGUCGGUGCGUUUUUGGCAGCAGUCAGCACUGAUGGACUAUUACGCGAAUUAUUUCAUGUAUGACAAUGUCGCGUCCAAUCUGCCACCUCCACCGCCAGCCCUAGCGUCCAACUUUGAGCCGCUGCUUCAUGCGAGCAUCCAUCAGAUGCCCUCGGGUGCAGCUCCAAAUCUUAACGCCGUCGGUCACCAUCGCAGCUGCGGCGAUGGCUCAUGUACAACACAGCGUACACCGUCAAUGGUCACUUCCGGCUAUCAGACGUACUUGUCGUUUGUCAGCCCAGUGAGCACAGUGUGCUCUACAGGGUGCACGUAUGGUACGGCGACCAGCUCUUCAAACGGCUCGCUGAACGGCCUUGGUAGUCAAUUCAGCACAUGCAGCUACAGAACACCAGACGCUCUACAGUCAUUCUUCAACCCAGCUAACUUGUCAUAUAAGUUUUAUCCCACACCUCGGUCACUCACGACAACAGGGUUCGCUGAGUCAACUGCCGGCGCCAGCUUCCAGACGUUGCCGGUUGCUAACGACUACCUCAACAACACGAGCGGCAACUUCUCGAACUACAUUGCGUCUAUCACUGGUGGCGAGCGGCGCAAGCAACGACGCAUACGUACGACGUUCACUUCGUCACAGCUGCGUGAACUAGAACGCGUCUUCCAAGAGACACACUAUCCGGACAUAUACACGCGGGAAGAAAUCGCUCUGAAAAUAGACCUGACCGAAGCUAGGGUACAGGUUAGUGUGCGACUUUCCAGUAGCAAUCUCCCAUGUAUAGUGCGACUGUUGCGAAAAUUACGGUGACC